GUCCCGGGGUUUGUGAACCCGGUGAUGGACCGGGAAGGAACAGUCACGCGGCGGCGGUCGUCGCUGCUGCCGUGGCUGUUGCUCCUGUGGUCAAGGUUGGCUCUGGGCACCCUGUCCUUCGGCAGCAGCCCUCACAGGAUGCUCCACGACCUCCUGUCGGAGCAGCAGUUGCUGGAGGUGGAGGACCUGUCCCUGUCUCUGCUACAGGGUGGAGGGCUGGGGCCACAGUCGCUGCCCCCGGGCCUGCCGGAUCUGGACCCCGAGUGUCGGGAGCUGCUGCUGGAUUUCGCCAACAGCAGCGCUGAGCUGACCGGGUGUAUAGUACGCAGCGCACGGCCCGUGCGUGUCUGUCAGACCUGUUAUCCUCUCUUCCAACAGGUCGCCAGCAAGAUGGACAACAUCAGCCGAGCCGUGGGGAAUACUUCAGAAAGUCAUAAUUGUGCCAGAAGUCUCUUAAUGACAGAUAGAGUGCAAAUACUUGUGAUUCUCUCUGAGUUUUUUAAUUCCACGUGGGAGGAAGCAAACUGUGCAAAUUGUUUAACAAACAACAGUCAAGAAUUAUCAAACAGCACAGCAUAUUUCCUCAGUCUGUUUAAUCAGACCUUGACCUGCUUCGAGCAUAACCUUCAGGGAAGCUCACACAGUCCUCUACAGCCAAGAAAUUACUCAGAAGUAUGCAAAAACUGCCUCGAAGCAUACAAAAAUCUGAGUAGUCUGUACAAUGAAAUGCAGAAAAUGAACGAACGUGAGAAUAAGGCUGAGCCUGGAACACAUUUAUGCAUCGAUGUGGAAGAUGCAAUGAACAUUACUCGAAAGCUUUGGAGUCGGACUUUCAACUGUUCGGUCCCCUGCAGCGACACCGUGCCUGUCAUCGCUGUUUCUGUGUUCAUUCUCUUUCUGCCUAUUGUCUUCUACCUUAGUAGCUUUCUUCACUCAGAGCAAAAGAAACGCAAGCUCAUUUUACCCAAACGUCUCAAGUCCAGCACCAGCUUUGCGAACAUUAACGAAAAUUCAAACUGAAACGUACAAAAUGGAGAUCUGACACUGUAUCAUGCAGAUGAAGGGCGGAAGAUACGACUUGGUCAAAAAGAAGAUAAACUGUGAUUUGACACGUCAAGUUCUUAAGAAAUGCAAGGACUUCAGAUUUAUUUUUAAAUAAGAAUUUUCAGUUUUUCUUUGCUUUUCCACCCUGUUGUUUUUUUUAAGGGUUUGGCUAUUUUAAUUUCCAGGCAUAGCAAUGUUGUCUAUUUUAAGGUAUAUUUGUUAUAAUAACUCCAGAUGCAAGAACAGUCUCUAUUUUAUUUUCUAGGUAUAUUAUUAUUUGAGAUUUCUGGUAUCUCCUUAUUAACAAAAAUAUCUCAAAUAGCAAAGUUUUUGAUAACUAUCAUUUAAAAAUUAAUCAGUUACAGCAAAGACUUUGAGAGGGACAAUGUACGCUUACCAAAAAGUCCAAGGAUUAAAUUAAUUUAAAUUACUCUCCAUUACAGUAUUAUUGUUAUAUAUAUUUAAUAUGUCACAAAUUGCAUAUAACUCAAUCUCUGGUUUCAUUAAAGUCAUUU